AUGACCGUGAAUCAAGAAGAAGCAUUCCGAUACUUCUGGGCGCAGCACUGUCCAGUUGUGGUGUAUGACGUCCAUGCGAAAUUGCAGGGGCGCUGGACCCCGGAUGCGUUCAUCGAGUCUCACGGCAAAGACAAUGUGUCGGUAAUAGACUCGUCAAUGCCGACCGCGACAAUCAUGUCGGUUGAAGAAUUCUUCAAGUUGUUCACCUCAGAUCUUCAAGAGCAGAAGCGCGUGGUCAAGAUGAAGGACUGGCCCCCGUCGGCGGAAUUCCGCGAUCUUUUCCCUACUCAGUUCGAUGCAUUCAUGGACGCUAUUCCUAUGUCUGCAUAUACGCGCCACGACGGCUACCUCAAUCUUUCUAGCCAUUGGCCUUUCGACCAACUAUUACAUCUACAGCUUUUCAAACCAGAUUUAGGUCCAAAAGCAUAUUUGGCUUCGCCUGACCAUCUGGAAAGUGGUUCGACGCCUUUACACCUGGACGUCACGAGUGCGGUCAACCUUCUUGUGUACGUUCACGGUUCGCCGCCCGGGGUUCCAGGAGCCCUAUGGCAUAUUUUUCCCGCCCACGUCACGCCGAAACUUCGAUCAUACCUUCGUGAGGUUACAGGGGACUCUAGUCCUCGCGACCCUAUACACGCGCAAACCACCUACCUUACCCGGAGCAUGAGGGACGACUUGAUUGCACGUGGAAUAGAGUUCUUCGAGAUCUUCCAGAAGUUGGGCGAUGCGGUUUUCAUCCCCGCAGGCUGCGCUCAUCAAGUUAGCAAUCUCCGCCCGUGCAUCAAAAUCGCAUGCGAUUUUGUGUGCGUGGAAGGAAUUCCCGCCAGCCUCACGAUCACCCAAGAAUUCCGCGCUGAACCGCGGGAGGACAUCUUGAAUAUGGAAGCCAUGCUAUGGCAUGCCUGGCGCUCCGUUGACCUCCAAUUGCGAUAUUCGGACAACUUGCCACGGCCCAACGCAGGUGCCAUGCAAUCUGUAUGGCGGCGGAAACACGUUGCCAAUCGCCGUGCUGAGGCUAGCGAAGCGCGCAAGCAAGGCCCCGCUGCGGAGGAUCGCUCCCGCGAUUACCGCUGUUUGAUAGAUCAUUGCGCUCAGGCUGAUCGUCAUUUCGUCCUUGGUGGGAUUUUUGACCAUAUGUGA